AUGAAUACCAUAAACAUUAGAAUUCAGAGAAAUUACAUAGCAAAUUUCUCAGCCAAAACUUUUAUGACUGAUAAAAUUGCUUGUUAUUAUGGAAGAAUAAACUUGAUUGUUGAAGAAUCACAUGUGAAUCACAUUUCAGAAAUACCUGUGGAAAUAUUAAGGACAAGUACUUUCAAUAAUAAAGUUAAUGGACCCAUAUGUAAUGUAAGCUAUGAACUUAUUAAAUUUACAAACAAUAAUAUUACUGAAGUGGAUCCAGAAAUGUUUAACGACAUCGUAAAUUUGACAACCAUAGAUCUUAGUAAUAACAAUAUAAAGGUUUUCACUACUAAGCAAUUAAAUAAUCUGCCAAAGCUGAAGUAUUUGUAUUUGUCCAAGAAUAAUAUAUCCAAUUUUGAUAUGCUUUUUGGAAAGCUGAAUAAUUUGCAAGUGUUAGAUUUGUCAAGCAAUAAUAUUACAAGUCUAGCGAAGAAUGCAUUCAAAAAUAUUGGAAGUUUGGAGAAAUUGGACAUAUCCUUCAAUAAAAUGACAAAUAUAGCUUCAGGUACUUUUAUAUAUCUGAACAAUCUACAGUCAUUAGAUAUUUCGCAUAAUUUCUUGACAACAAUCGACAUUGGUUCGUUCAGUGGCCUAGACAAUUUAAUGUUCCUAUACCUCAGCCACAAUCACAUGGUACCCAGCAAAUAUUUGAUGUUGCAUAGUCCGAAAUUACACACUCUGGACUUGAGUUUUAACGAAUUACACAAUCUAGACCUAAACAUAUUUAAUGAUCAUCAGUUAUCUGAGAUAAACAUUGAUGGCAAUAAAUUCUCAUGCCAACAAUUGAUUCAUUACAUCAAUAAGUUUAAAACAAUGCAAACUCAACUGCAAUUUGGGACAGAAAAGGAUCGUCUAAGCUUGCGUGGUAUUCAUUGCAACGAUACCGAAUCCAAUGAAGAUAUCACCAUCAACAUUGAAAACGAUGCGAAUGCAUCGAAUGAUUUCUUCAAGUUUUUCAAUCAGGGAUUCAAGGAAAGCAGUUUCUUUAAAUUCUUCAACAACUUUGCUGUCAACAAGAACAAAGCUGUCGAUGAUGGUGCGUACGCGGAUGCAAUGAAAUCAUUGGAAACCUCAAGCAGGAAUAUUGUAGGCGCAUUGAAUUCAACGAUGGAUAAAAUGUUGAUGGAAAUGCAAGCGCAAAACAGGAACAAGGAUGAUGAUCGCAAAUUAGCGGACGUGGAUUCAGAUCGUGCCGAGCGCACUCAACUUAUACAAUUGUUUAGCAAUCUUCAAACGGAACUGAAGCGCUUUGAUAAGAGUUCCGAUAAAUUAAAUGAAUUAGUAAGCGAGAAAUAUGUACAAUCGCAAGUUCCGGCAGAUCACGCGCUGGGUGUUUUUAAUAUACUCAUUGUUAUCAUGUGUUUCAUUUCGUUUAUUGCCAUUGUGUUGGUUUUGAAUCUAUUUUGGAACAGUUCAGUCAAAUGGCGGCCACUGAAUCGUAAUAUUGUUAACAUUGACGAUGGCGUUAGUCGCUCCGAGUUUUGUUCUAUGACCGAUACAUUAUACUCCAUUGUGCUCAACAUGAUUCUGCAAGUUACUGUGUUAGUUUUCGUUCUAAAGUUUGGAUUUAUUAAUUGUAACUGUAAAGAAGUUCCCGACCCAUUUUUGAGCCAUAUACAAAAUUCCUAUCGAUUCUAUCCUCAUAUACUAUUUCAUCGUUUACACACUGCCUGCUUCAUUGAACAUGUGAACAUUACGAAGGAUGAUCAAUAUGUCGAUUUAGAGAUAGAUACAAGUACCACAGAUUAUGGCACCUCAAAUAUCUUUUCCCUGAAUAUUACAGAUAGCACAAUACCUGACUUUUCAGCCAAACCAUUUAUAUCUCCACAAAUUGCUUGUACAUAUGGAAUCAUUAGGUUGUAUGUUCGGAAUGCUUCCGUAAAUCACAUCAAGGCAUUCCCGAUCGAAAUAAACACUAGCGACUGUCACGCAAAUUAUGAUUAUAUAGAAUUUACCAACAACAAUAUCGCCAAAUUAGAUGGCGAAGCAUUUCACAACUUAGCCAAUUUGUCAACUCUAGACCUGGCUAAUAACAAUAUUAAGAUUAUCGGUGAGUUGACAUUUAAAAAUCUAACUAUGUUAUACCAACUGAAUCUAUCAAACAAUAACAUAUCAAAAAUUGAGAAGGUUUUUGGAAAACUGGACAGCCUUACAAGCCUCGACUUGUCAAGAAAUAACAUAGCAAAUAACCUUUCAAAAAAUGACUUCGUAAACAUUACAAACUUAUAUAACUUAACUGUGUCCUACAAUCAAAUAUCUAAUAUUGCUUUAGGUACUUUUUCGCAUUUGAACCAAUUAGAAAUCUUAGACAUUUCUCAUAAUCUCUUGACAACCAUCGACAUGAGUUCGUUCAGCGGCCUACACAAUUUAAAAUAUUUAUUCCUAAGCAACAAUCACAUUGUACCCAACAAAUAUUUAAUGUUACAUAGCCCAAUGUUGGCAAAAUUAGAUCUAAGUUUUAACGAAUUAGAGAAAUUAGAUUUGAAGUUAUUCACUGAUCAUCGCUUAAAUGAUAUAUACAUUGACGGCAACAAAUUCUCAUGCCAACGACUGAUUCAUUACAUUUAUGAAUUUAACCGCAUUGGCACUGAGCUGCACUCUGGGACCGAAAAGGAUCGCCUAAAUUUGCGUGGUAUUCAUUGUAAUGAUACCGAAUCCAAUGAAGAUAUUCGUAUUGACUUAGAAAGUGACACGCAUUCUUCAACUGGCUUGGAAAAUUUCUUCAAUAAGGGAUUCAUGGAAAGUGGUUUUUACAAGUUUUUCAAACGUUUUGGUGUCGAUGGGGACAAAACUAACAAUGAUGCUACAAUGGACGAUGUUAUCAAAUCAAUGGAGACAUCGAGCAGAAACAUUGCUAGCGUAUGGAACUACACGAUGGACCAAAUAUCGAUCAAGAAUCAAACGCAGAGCGAAAGCAAUGAUGGCGAGCGAAUCUCAACCGAUCCGAAUUCGGCGGUCAGCAAGGAUUUACAGUUGAUCGUCGAACGGGAAAUCAACCGUUUCGAUAAGAGUGCUGAUAUGUUGAACCAAUUAAUCAGCAAAAAGUAUGUGCAGGCGCAUGUUCCUGUCGAUCAUGCACAGGCUGGUAUCUUCAAUGUACUUAUUGUUAUUAUGUGCAUUCUGUCGGUGAUUGCGAUUGUAUUGAUUUUGAACCUGUUUUUGCGCUACCCAGGCUCAUGGCGACAACUGAGGAGGAAACAUGUUAACUUUAAUCAGGGUGUUAGUCACUCCGAAUUGUGUUCUAUCACUGAUACCUUGUAAUGUAGAAAAUGUUAUAUGAAUUCAACAAUGUAUCGCAUUAAAUUUUAACUAAAAGUUGCGGUUUAACAAGCGGAAAUGAAUUGAUAAAAUGCUUUUAUAUUGUUCUCCACUGUGGCUUCUAAUUAGUAUAGAUUAAUUGUCAGUCAAGUCAAGAAUAACAAAUAAAGUACCAGUUAUUGGUGUCCAAUAUGA